UAUGAUUCAAGAUGGCGGCACCCAUAUUGAAGUGGAAGCGCGUUACAAAUACAACAGGACCAGCGCCAAGGCCUCGUCAUGGUCACCGAGCUGUUGCUAUCAAAGAUUUAAUGAUCGUGUUCGGCGGUGGCAACGAAGGGAUAGUGGAUGAACUUCACGUCUACAACACAUCUACUAACCAGUGGUUUGUGCCACCGGUCAAAGGAGACAUUCCUCCGGGCUGUGCUGCCUAUGGGUUUGUGUGCGAUGGAACGCGACUGCUGGUUUUCGGUGGCAUGGUGGAGUACGGCAAGUACUCCAACGAGCUGUACGAGCUGCAGGCCAGCCGAUGGGAGUGGAAGCGGCUUAAACCGCGGCCGCCCCGGGGUGCCCCGGGGCCGCCGUGCCCGCGCCUGGGACACAGCUUCACACUCAUCGGCAACAAAGCCUUCCUCUUUGGCGGGCUGGCCAAUGAUAGUGAUGACCCCAAGAACAACAUACCUCGGUACUUGAAUGACUUGUACACGUUGGAGCUUCGGCCGUUUUCGAGCUCAAUGGCGUGGGACGUGCCACAGGUGUUCGGGCAGCCCCCUCCUCCGCGAGAGUCUCACACAGCGGUAGCCUAUCAAAGUCGGGAGGGGCGACAGCCGCGGCUCAUCGUUUAUGGUGGCAUGAGCGGCUGUCGCCUGGGUGACCUUUGGCAGCUGGAUGUGGACUCGAUGAGCUGGAGCAAACCGCAGGUAGGCGGUGUGGCUCCGCUGCCUCGGAGCCUCCACUCUGCCACUCUGAUUGGCCAGCGCAUGUUCGUUUUUGGUGGGUGGGUGCCGCUGGUGAUGGACGAGAACAAGGCGUCGACGCACGAGAAAGAGUGGAAGUGUACCAACACCCUGGCCUCACUCAAUUUGGACACCAUGGCAUGGGAGCCGCUGGCCAUGGAGGUGUUCGAGGAAGCCGUGCCGCGCGCACGAGCGGGCCACUGCUCAGUGGCCAUCAACUCUCGCCUGUACAUCUGGAGUGGUCGGGACGGGUACCGCAAGGCGUGGAACAACCAGGUCUGUUGUAAGGACCUUUGGUACCUGGAGACCGAAAAGCCGCCGCCGCCAACUAGGGUACAGCUUGUGCGCGCCUCCACGGCUACCCUGGAGGUCUGCUGGGGAACCGUGCCCACAGCGGACGCCUACGUGCUGCAGCUACAGCGUUACGAUGUGCCACCGACCAACACGGUACCCCCACCUCCCGUGGCACCACCGGCGCAGCCGGUGGCUACACCACCACCUGCUGUUCCUGCUGCUACAGCUGCCCCAUCUACGCCUCCUGCUGCGACUCCUGUUGCGAGCCCCAAGAUAGUCACACCAACCCAGUUGCGCCCAGUUCGAGCCCCUGGUAUCGCCCAGCCACAGACUCCUCCCCAGGGCUCAGCGAUCCGCGUUCCGGCAGCUGCGUCAUUAGCAUCUGGCCUACGAGGUACGGUGACAUUGGUGCGUACUCGGACGCCAGGCGUGUCCGGUCAGCAACAGAUCAGAGUCAUAGCCACAACCCCGACUGGCCAACAAGUGGUCAAGACGGUCACUGGAAACCUACCCACAGUUACGACUCAGCAUCAGGUGCAGCAGGUCCAGCAAGUGGCCGUGUCACCCUCGGUUUCGACCACCACUGCUGCUGGGUCUGCAGGGCAGGCACAACAGGCACAGCAACCCAUGUCCGGCAUGGCAGCACUGGCAGCCGCGGCAGCUGCCACUCAGAAGAUGACCACUGUGACCAGCACAACUGCAGCUGCGUCGCCAACGCCGGCCAUCCGAGUGGUCUCCCCGUCAGUUCUGGCUCAACAGGGACUUAAGCUUAGUACCCUGCCCAUUCAAGGGAGCCCUACUGGAACUGGAACCGUAAGGCUGGCUGCUCCUGGUACCCUGCUCAAGGCAGGCACCACUGUCGGUGGCAAGCAGAUCAUCACUGUGCACAAGGGGGCUGCGGCAACGUCCCAACCUCAGAUUGUCACCCUCGUCAAGACUACACAGGGUGUCACUUUGGCCACGAUGCCCAAAGUGAGCCUGAUCCAGCAAGCUGGCAAGGCGUCGCCGCAAGGCAAAGUGAUUCCCCAGGGGGCCACUAUUGUCAAGCUGGUCACCACGCAAGCAGGUGGCACGGCAACCAAGCCCACACUGAUCACAACUUCGCAAGCACAGCAGCAGCCCACUUUGCUUGGCUUGGCGGGUGCAACUGGGGCCAGCCCGAAGGUGACCAUCUUGCGAACACUGCCUAGUAACAUAGUGACAGUGGCAAAACCUGGCUCGCCCUCAUCUGUUGCCACUGUGGGUAGCAGCCCCAAGCAACAGCAGACCAUCGUGAUUGCUGCACCGAAGGCUGGUGGCCAGCCGGGAACCGCCAAGCUGCUGACGCAGGCAGGUGCCAAGGCGGGUCCUGGUGGCAUCCUCGUUGUUACCACUCAUCCACAGGGCAAGGCCACUGUGGUAGGCACCGCUUCAGCCACCGUUGAGGCUGGCAAGGGUGCCAAGACUACGUCAGUGAAUGUGCUUCCGUUGUCGGCAGGCAGCCAGCUCAAUUCCGUCUCUUCGCCGAGUGGUGUCAAGAUGAUCGUGGUCUCGUCGGCAGGCCUGACGGGCCAGCAAGCAUUUACAUUGCUUACUACAGCUGCUGGUUCUCGGCCUGGUUUGACGCAGCUGACGAGCAGCAGUUCUCCCAUCACGAUCACCAUGCCAGCUGGUCGGGGCCGGGGUGCAGCUGCUGGUGGGGGGCAGAUUGUAGCAUUGCCUGCGCAAGGAUUGUUGCCCAGUGGGGGAGCCAUCACAAUCCAGGCCAAGCCAGGUGUGAGCCCUGCUCAGAAGGUGCUCACCAUCAUGACGACAACCAGUUCGAACACUCGGCCGUCUGCCCCACUCACUGUUGUUACUCAGGCGCUGAGUGGAAGUCUGUCGGCCGCUGGUGGUAAGGUGAUGUUGAUGGCAGCUGCUGGACAGCCAGAUUCUGCCGGUGGUGGAGUCACCUACACGACAUUGCCGUCUUCAGCUCUUGUCCAGGCGGCUGCCCAGCCAACAGCUGUGGACACGGUGCUUGAUGAGAGUGAUCUUCAGGGAGUUCCAAUGGAGACUGAUGCUGACAGCACUACAGAUCCAGCAGCCAUGCAGUCCGCUCAGGCCUUGCUUGACACCAUGGUGCCUGUGAAGAUCACUGCUGAAGGUGUUUGUGACGAUGGUGUCCAGUCUGCUCAAGCUUGCACGGAUGGCAUUCACUGUGGAACACCAGAGCCCUGUACAGAUGGUGUCCAUUGCGGUACACCAGAGCCCUGUACUGAUGGUAUCCAUUGCGGUACACCAGAACCCUGUAAUGAUGGUAUCCAUUGCGGUACACCGGAGCCCUGUACAGAUGGUGUUCAUUGUGGUACACCAGAGCCCUGUACUGAUGGAAUCCACUGCGGCACACCUGAACCUUGUGCAGAUGGCAUCCACUGCGGUACACCAGAACCAUGCACAGAUGGCGUCCACUGCGGCACACCAGAACCAUGCACAGAUGGCGUCCACUGCGGCACACCAAAACCAUGCACAGAUGGCGUCCACUGUGGUACACCUGAGCCCUGCACAGAUGGUAUGCACUGCGGUACACCUGAGCCCUGCACAGAUGGUAUGCACUGCGGUACACCUGAGCCUUGCACUGAUGGUGUUCAUUGUGGUACACCAGAGAACUACGACUCACCUGAGCAGCCUCGCUGCGCCAGCCCCGAGUCUCCAUGCAGAGUGUCCCCCGGGCUUCACAACAAGUCCUUGCUGCGGCCUGUGCCCAUACGCAUGGGUGUUUGUGUAGUGGCCUGCUCGGACCAGGGUGAAGAGGGUGAGGGGGAAAAUGGGCAGCCACCAGGUGAUGACUCUGCUCCAGUUGACAGUGGAGGUGGGGGUGGAGGAGAAGGGGAAGAGCCACCAGGGCAGGGAGACGACGCACAGGAGCCGCCAGCCCCGCCUCCACCAGCGGACUCAAGUGGUGGGGGGGACGAGCCACCUGAAGAGCAGGGAUCUGGCAACCCUGAUGCUGCCCCUGCUGAUGUACCUGAGCAUGAGGAAGAGGAAAAACCCGAGGGUGAAGGGGAGGAAGAGCCGGCCGCAGGCGGCCUGUCUCUGGAGACGCCUGGUGCGCUGCCUCCAGACCAGAUGUGUGUAGAUGAUCCACCUCCUCAGCAACCGGCGACAUCAGCCGAACAAGCAGCUGACGGAGCGACGUCUGUAGGUGCUGAACCGUCUGCGGAAGCCGCUGCCUCUGCCACUGCUGCUGCUGUUGCAACCGCUACUACAGCUAAUACUACUACUGCUGCUAGUGCGGCGGCAGCACCCGAGUCUGCCAUGUGUACAGACCCGUUGACCACGUUGGCGUCGGCGGCCGUUUCAACAGCUAGUAGCACUCCUCCGACUCCAACUACGGCUCCUGUGCUUGCUGCUGCUGCUGCCACCAAUGGCCUAGCAGGUUCCAUCAAAACUGAAGAGGAUGUCAAGCCUCCCGUGGAGCUAAAAGCCACUGCACCAGCACCACCUCCAGCCAGCGUUGGUAAGCGUGAUGGCAUGUGGUUCGACGUGGGUGUGUUCAAGGAGACGUCGUGCCUUGUUUCGCACUUCUAUCUGCCUUCGGAACAGUCUGAGCAGCAGAGGAAAGAUGAAACAGAUGUAGACGUCGUGUCUCUAGCGUCCCAUUCGAUGCUGCAAAAACAGGAGCUGCUUCCUGGCACUGCUUACAAGUUCAGAGUGGCCGCCAUCAAUGCCUGUGGUCGGGGACCCUGGAGUGAAGUGUCCGCGUUCAAGACUUGCCUGCCCGGAUACCCCGGCGCACCUUCAGCGAUCAAGAUCAGCAAAGGCUCUGACGGUGCUCACCUCUCAUGGGAGGCACCGCAGGGUAAUCCUGGUGAUGUGACCGAGUACUCUGUGUACUUGGCAGUGCGUUCGGCGACGACUGGCGAUGGCGCAGGUCCUGCCAAGACGGUGACCUCGAACCCAUCACAACUGGCGUUUGUGCGAGUCUACUGUGGACCCCAGGCAGCCUGCACUGUGGCCUCAGCCUCCCUGGCUUCGGCACACGUGGACACCACCAGCAAGCCAGCCAUCAUAUUUCGCAUUGCGGCCCGCAACGACAAGGGCUACGGUCCGGCGACUCAGGUCCGGUGGCUUCAAGACAAUGUGACUCUGAGUGCUGGCCGGGGGGCUGGAGCGGCUACAAAACGACCGUCAUCUGAUGGGAAAGGAGCGGCUACCAAGAAAGUGAAAAGUGAAGACUCGUGAGCAGCCUGGCAGUGACCAGGCUUGUUUUAUUUUUCGGCUUCUUUUAGCCCAUCAACGCCCGUGUUACUAUCAUCAGUUAUGUUUUGAUCAUCGAGUUUGAGGACGUUUUUAAUGUGAGUGCCCUUGCUCUCCUGUGUCUCAAUUUCCUGUCCCCACAAUUGUACAUAAUGAGAAUUGUUGCUUUGCAUCCACGUCUCUCCCUUGGGCAGGCUGAGGGGCGGGGGCGUCUGCGGCUUGGGCCUUCGUGGUGGCUUGUCCAAUGUUGGGCAGCGUCUGUAAAUAUUCUGUUUUCUUUUUUUGUUCUUAUUUGUGUUCCAUAUAUGCUAAUCAUCGCAGCUCAAAAGCACCCAUCUCACAAUGCAUUCAUGCACAUGCAGGCAUUAUUGCUGCCAAAGGUUUUCAUUUCCCAUAGUCACCCUUUGCCAACUAGCGUGAUGCUUGUAAGUUGCCUGCGCGACGUCCCAAUGUCCUCCCCCUGCCCUGUCCCCCUCUGAUGCGCACUUCUGGACGACGAUGCCCCAGCCUUCUGUCAAUCAUCGCCGUUUUUUUUUUUUUUAAUUUCUGAAUAAAGCCAUUGUAGACAAUUACA